CCCAGCUGAACCCUCCAGAGAGACACUCUCUGACUCCGUCCCCAGAGGAGAAACAGGAGGGGGAGGAGGAGAGGAGGGAGCCACAGAGGGCGGAGGCCGGGGAGCUCAGCCAGAGAGGGGCUGCUGGAGGUUGCAUCUGCUGGAAGGAGGUUUUUCUGCUGCCUGGUAACCAGCUGCCAGAACACUGAGAGGGAGAGAGAGAGGCAGGGAGCAGGGGCAGCAGCUUCUUGACGUCAGGACCAGCCAAGGGGAUCGGGCCAGCUACCCCAGCCAGCCUAGAGCCAGCGGGGCCCUCGGCUGGAGAGGAAACCUACGCGAGGCGCGGAGCGUGAGUUGGGGGUGUGGGAACCGGUUGUCUGGGGCGCAGCAUGCCCCCUGCCCCCGGGCCAUGGAGAUCUCCCUGGUGCCCCUGGAGAACGGCAGUGCUAUGACCCUCAGAGGAGGAGGGGAAGCAGGGGCAAGCUGUGUGCAGACCCCCAGGGGAGAGUGUGGGUGCCCUCCGACGGCUGGACUCAAUAAUCAGUCCAAAGAAACAUCACUGAGGGUGCGCGCCACACACGAGGAUGCGGGCCAGGGUGGGCGGCCUUUGCCCCCUAUGCCUCAGGAGCUGCCACAGCCUGGAAGGCCAUCUGCUGAGGAUGAGGAGGGAGAAGGGGACCCUGGCCUUGGCACAGUGGAGGAGGACCAGGCUCCUCAGGACUCAGGGUCACUCCAUCACCAGCGGGUCCUCAUAAACAUCUCGGGUUUGCGCUUUGAGACGCAGCUGGGCACCCUGGCGCAGUUUCCCAACACCCUCCUGGGGGACCCAGCCAAACGCCUGCGCUACUUCGACCCCUUGAGAAAUGAGUACUUCUUCGACCGCAACCGGCCCAGCUUCGAUGGCAUUUUGUACUACUACCAGUCUGGGGGCCGCCUGCGCAGACCGGUCAAUGUCUCCCUGGAUGUGUUUGCAGAUGAGAUCCGCUUUUACCAGCUGGGGGACGAGGCCAUGGAGCGCUUCCGGGAGGAUGAAGGCUUCAUCAAGGAAGAGGAGAAGCCCCUGCCCCGCAAUGAGUUCCAGCGCCAGGUGUGGCUUAUCUUCGAAUACCCAGAAAGCUCUGGGUCAGCAAGAGCCAUCGCCAUCGUGUCGGUCUUGGUCAUUCUCAUCUCUAUCAUCACCUUCUGCUUGGAGACUCUGCCUGAGUUCAGGGAUGAACGGGAGCUGUUACGCCACCCUCCAGUGCCACCGCAGCCCCCAGCCCCUGCCCCAGGGGCCAAUGGCAGUGGCUCUGGUGUCCUUUCCUCUGGCCCCACAGUGGCUCCGCUCCUGCCUAGGACACUGGCUGACCCAUUCUUCAUCGUGGAGACCACAUGUGUGAUCUGGUUCACUUUUGAGCUGCUUGUGCGCUUCUUUGCUUGCCCCAGCAAGGCAGAAUUCUCUCGGAAUAUUAUGAACAUCAUUGAUAUUGUGGCAAUCUUCCCCUACUUUAUCACCCUGGGCACCGAGCUGGCAGAGCAACAACCAGGGGGUGGUAGUCAGAAUGGGCAGCAGGCCAUGUCCCUAGCCAUCCUCAGGGUGAUCCGCCUGGUCCGGGUGUUCCGAAUCUUCAAGCUCUCCCGCCACUCCAAGGGGCUGCAGAUCCUGGGUAAGACCUUACAGGCGUCCAUGCGGGAGCUCGGACUGCUCAUCUUCUUCCUCUUCAUCGGAGUCAUCCUCUUCUCCAGUGCUGUCUACUUCGCAGAGGCAGACAAUCAGGGGUCGCAUUUCUCCAGUAUCCCAGAUGCCUUCUGGUGGGCAGUAGUCACUAUGACCACUGUAGGCUAUGGGGACAUGAGGCCCAUUACUGUAGGGGGCAAGAUUGUGGGCUCACUGUGCGCCAUAGCUGGGGUCCUCACUAUUGCCCUGCCUGUGCCCGUCAUCGUCUCCAAUUUUAAUUACUUCUAUCAUCGGGAGACAGACCACGAGGAGCAGGCUGCCUUGAAGGAAGAACAAGGCAUCCAGAGGCGGGAGUCUGGGCUGGACACAGGAGGUCAGCGGAAGGUCAGCUGCAGCAAGGCCUCCUUCUGCAAGACUGGGAGCUCCCUGGAGAGCACUGACAGUAUCAGAAGGGGUAGCUGUCCUCUAGAAAAGUGUCACCUCAAGGCCAAGAGCAACGUGGACUUGCGAAGGUCUCUGUAUGCCCUCUGUCUGGACACUAGCCGGGAAACGGAUUUGUAAAGAUAGAUCAAGGCAGACUUGCAACAGCAGAGCUGGGAACAGGAGUUCCCCUUGAGCCUGUUUAUCUGCUUUACACCACAGAGUAUUUAAGCCCACAUGGUCACCCACCGAUGUCUGGAUGACUGUCUUUCCCUGUUCACCCUUCCCACCCUCCUGCCCUCUAACUCCCCCUUUUUUCCUCCUCUUUCCUUAGCACCAAGGGUCACCUAUUUUUAAAAAGUAUCACAUUCCAUGACGCAGGAGCUGUUGAAGUGGUGAGCAUUCACUGUAAGAUGGAUGUAUUCAUAGCCAGUUUUCUAUACCCAGCAAAGGGAUAACUCAAACAAAAUUGACUUUAAAUAGCUCAGAUCCCAAGAGAGUCCAUAACCUUCCCUAUCCCUGUGUUCCAAAUUUACUUUACAUGUGAUUAUAUUUGUGUAUGGCAAAUAUUAUUCUUAUGGUUGACGAGUGCACUUUGUACAGCAGCACACAUGAAGAAUAUUUGAGUGUGUUCUUAAGAUAUACUUUGAAUUAUACAAGUGUUGGGGGUCAUCCUUUCCUGGGACACCCAGGGACAGAGACACUAAAGAAGUUGUUCAGGUUUGUGUUCCCAAGCCUCCCAUUAUUCUGGGAUGUACUAUUGGUGCUUUGUGUCUAAGGUAGAGAAUGUUCUAGAAGAGCAGCAAAUCUGAUUUUUUUUUUUUUAAUUCCCCUUAAACCUAUCCUGUGACUUUCUUCACAGAAGCAUUUUAAGGAUGUUGGAAGAAGGAUUUUGAGAAUUCAUUCUUUUCAUUUUGAUAGCAGGAAAUAAAAUGUGACUGUGUCGGGCAA